GUACAAAUUUCUCCUUUGAUGAUUCAUGCAAUAAUGGAGAUAUGGUAUGUUUGGCUUUUUGUCAUCUCCUUCAUUGGUGUAAGUGUGGGCAAAUGGAUUCAUAGGUGGAGGAACCCUAAAUGUAAGGGCAUACCCCCUCCUGGUUCCAUGGGAUUCCCACUUAUAGGAGAGACCCUUAGCCUUUUUGUCACUUCCAAAUCCAUCGAUAUCCAUCCUUUCCUUGAUGAAAGACAUAAAAGGUACGGUCCACUGUUCAAGACGAGUUUAGCCGGCCGACCGGUGGUGGUAUCAUCGGAUGCCGAUUUCAACUACUUCGUGCUGCAACAGGAGGGGAAGCUUAUAGAGCUCUAUUACAUGGAUUCCUUCACGCAGAUGGUUCACCAAGACAACAUGAAUAAUUUAGGUGGCUCCUUUCACAGGUACCUAAGGCGCUCCGUUCUCAGACACUUCGGACUUGAGCCUCUCAAACGUAAGCUGUUGUCUGAGUUUGAGGAUUUAAUAAGCCAUGAAUUGCAUGAGUGGACCAAACAACAGGAGGUUGAUGUAAAACGCCGCACUGUUCCUAUGUUAUUUGGUUUGGCCUCACAGAUACUGAUGAGUCAUAGACCAGAAGAAAAUCUAGGUGAAGAUUUAAACAACAUGUUGCAAGGAGUUAUGAGGUUUCCCUUGUAUUUUCCCGGGACUACUUUCUAUAACUGUAUACAGAAGAAGAGAAAAGCAUUAAAGCUGACGAGCAGGUUGGUAGAAGAGAGGAUGGAGUGGUAUGAUCGCAGUAACUAUGCUGAAGGUUACAAUAAAAACGGAGACUUUCUUGACCAAAUAGUGGGAGACAUUGGAAAAGAAGCAUUUCUGACGAAAGAAUUCGUGCCCUUCCUUCUGUUUGGGUUAAUCAUUGCUACUGUUGAAACCAUCUCCCCCGCUAUCGCUUUGGCCACUCUCUAUCUGCUCGACAACCCCUCCAUUCUGCAGCAAUUAACUGAGGAGCACGAGGAGAUUCUUAAGAAGAGAGAAGAUGCCAGUUCUGGACUUGUAUGGGAGGAAUACAAAUCCAUGACUUUCACUCAUUAUGUCAUUAAUGAAACACUUAGGUUGGAAAAUGUCCUUCCAGGGAUGCUGAGAAAAGUCAUAGCUGACAUUCACGUUAAUGGAUAUACAAUACCUAAAGGUUGGAUCCUCUUGGUUAACUCCUUAGCUCAACAUCUUAACUCUGAUACAUAUGAAGAUCCUCUUACCUUCAACCCUUCAAGAUGGAAGAACAUUGGAAGCAAUACAAGGGCAAAGCACUUCAUACCAUGUGGAGGAGGGAAUAGACCAUGUGCUGGCACAGAGUUCAGCAAGGUUCUACUGGCUGUCUAUUUACACGUCUGGGUCACCAAAUUCAGGAUGAUAAAAAUGAAGGGAGGGGAGGUGAUUCGUUCACCACUUUUGGAAUUCCCAGAUGGUUUCUAUGUUAAAGUUUCAGAAAAGAACUGUUAAAUUACCUCUGCAAUAUGUACGUGUACUAAGAUGCACUUGCCCUAUGCGUAUUUGUGUUCAA